AUGGCUGAAGAAACCAAGGGUUUCGUGGCUGCCUGUUCCAUCUGUGCCCGCGGCAAAUCGUCACACCGUGCUCCGGCUGGUCUCCUGCGCCCUCUACCUGUUCCUCACCGGCCGUGGUCGCGCAUAGCAGUGGACUUCUUGACUGGUCCCCCGCCCUCAGACGCUCUGGAGACGGCGAACCUGCUGGUCCUGCAGGUGUUCCGGCUCCACGGUAUCCCCCAGGACAUUGCGCUAGGGGCGUCGGCCAGCCUCUCCUCCGGCUACCACCCACAGACUAACGGCCGGACGGAGCGAGCUAUCCAGGACCUCGGGUCGGCAUUACGUUGCCUCGACACCAAACACCCCGUUCAUGAGACCAUUCGGAGCCGUACAGAGCUCGGUGAAUUUCACCGUCUUCUGCAGGAGCUCCGUCUGGAUGACGACCGCCUCCAACGCUAUUUGAGGUUGACUCCGGCCCAGUUUGAUGACCUGCUAGCUAGGAUCGGUUCUAGGAUCUCUCGGUUGGACACCAACUACAGGCGCUCCAUCUCAGCUUCGGAGCGCCUGUCCAUCCGUCUCCGAUACCUAGCCACUGGGGACUCCUACAGGACCAUCGCAAAUAGUUUCCGUGUUGGGAUCACCACUGUCUCCAGCAUUGUCCCUAAUGUUGCCACUGCAAUCUGGGACUCUCUGGUGGAGGAGUUCAUGGCUGUGCCCAGCACAGAUGAGUGGAGGUCCAUUGCAGGGAGGUUUGAGGAGCGGUGGAAUUUUCCUCUUUGCUGUGUAGCAUUGGAUGGGAAGAAUGUGGUCAUCAAAGCCCCUGCUCACUUAGGAUCCCAGUUCUACAACUACAAGGGAACUUUCUCUCUUGUUCUCUUGGCGGUUGUAGACGCGGAAUAUUGUUUCCGGGUGAUUGAUGUCGGGGGCUACGGAAGAACCAGCGAUGGUGGGAUUCUGGCCAACUCUGCUUUUGGUGCAGCUCUUCAGUCUGGCAUCCUCCAACUGCCUGCCGACCUGCCACUACCAGGAGCUGACCACCGAGGACCACAGCCGCAUGUCUUUGUGGCUGAUGAGGCCAUUCCCAGUGAAUGAGGCCAUUUCCUGGUCGCAACCUGGCAAGAGAGCGCCGGGUUUUCAAUUACCGUCUGUCCCGAGCUCGGAUGGUUGUGGAGAAUGCCUUUGGGAUCCUUUUUUCCCAGUGGAGGGUCUACAGGCGUGCCUUCGAGGUCAACAUUGAAGUUGCGGAGAAGUGUGUGAAGGCUACCUGUGUUCUCCACAACUUCAUGCGGAGGACCACCCCCCCAAGUGCAAUGAGGGGGAACAUCCCAGUUGGUGAGGUGGACCCGCUGCCAGGUCUACGAAGAGUUGCUGCCAACAACUCAGCGAGGGAAGCCAUCAGGAUUCGGGAGGCCUUCAAGUCCUACUUCUCUGCUGAGGGAACCGUCCCAUGGCAAGACAACGUGUAGCGCACCAGCACACCCAAAACGGCUCUUUUAAGAGCCACCCACACAUUACUAUUGAGCAAACUUCCUGAAAUUACUAUAUUUACAGUGAUCUUCUGACUUAAUGAAGAAUGUCUCCUUAACAUACAACAGUAAUAUGCCAUUAUUAACUAAGUUUGUUAAUAAUAAUAGUUUAUAUUUUGUAAUCAGGUAACUGUGACAGUCCUGAGCCGUCUUGCUUCCCUUCUGCUGGCCUCUGUUCUUCUUCCAGGGAAGCUGAUUGGCUGGCCACCUCAUUGAGGGAUUGAACUCACCUGCAGGAAGCCGAAGAAGCAGAAGAUGGGGGGAAUCCAACAUGGCGCUCUCGCUCUCCCACCU